AUGCGUCUAUCUCACGUUUUGGUGGUGAUCGCGGUAUCUUUCCUGCCUGCCAGCGAGGCAUCCUUGGUGGCCGCAGCCUCAAGCCACAUUUCCAGCACUGCACCCGGUAGCACCAGCCAGCGACUUCUGAGGACCAGUCUCACAACCGCCGGGGCCCACGCUGACACCGAAGACAGGUCGCUGCCUGUGAAGGAGAUGAAGAAAUUGAUGAAGAAGUUAACGACGAAGGAGGACUUUGCUGAUAUGCUGGGUAUUUCGAAGCAGAUGGGACGAUUUCAUCAAGGGUGCUCCAGGUAUGGAUCAGUUCAUAGAAGUACGACAAGUACGGCUACGUUAACUAUUUGA